AUGACCACCACCACUAUGACCGAAGCUCCUGUCAUCAAUGGCGUCGCCGCUGCCCACCCAACCUUCGAUUCCAUCCCGGACGUGAUAGAAGCCUUCGGCCGCGGCGAAUUCGUCAUUGUGCUCGACUCGCCCUCGCGCGAAAAUGAGGGCGACCUCAUCAUCGCCGCCUCCGCCCUCACGCCCGCCAAGGCAUCCUUCAUGAUCCGCUACACAUCCGGCUACAUUUGCGCACCCGUGACGGCCGCUCGCGCCAAGAAGCUGGCGUUGCCGCAGAUGGUUGUCGACAAUUCCGACCCGAACCGCACCGCCUACGCCGUCUCCGUCGACGCCUCCGCCCGCCACGGCAUCUCCACAGGCAUAUCCGCCACCGACCGCAGCGUUACUUGCCGGCUGCUCGCCAACGACAGCGCCACGGCUGAGGACUUCAGGCGGCCCGGCCACAUCCUGCCGUUGCAGUCGCGCGACGGUGGCGUCAGACAGCGGCGCGGUCACACCGAGGCGGCCACGGAGCUGUGCCGCCUCGCGAAACUGCCCGAGGUCGGCGUCAUCUGCGAGCUCAUCACCGACGGCGAGGAGAAGGAAGGCGUGCCUGAGCGUGUCGGCGGCGGCAUGAUGAGGAGGGACGAGUGCCUGGCUUUCGGCAAGAGGUUCGGUAUCAAGGUGUGCACCAUCGAGGACAUGGUGCGCUACGUUGAAGAAACCGAGGGCAAGCUCGAGGGUGUUGUGGGCGUCGACUACUAG